GAGCAACUGGGAAUCUCAUUGGACAACUUAAAAUUGAGCAGACAUCUCAAUUAGCCACUAAAUUCAAAUGAAAGAAGACACAAGGUGAGCAGAUGACAUAAUCAAGUCAUAGAUGCAGAAAGAGAAGGAGAUCAGACCCUAAGGGUGAAAGAGACCACCGGGCAAGGAGAAAACAUGGACCAUUCAGCAUGUGAAAUUUCCUGUGACUUGGUAGGAAAGAGUAAGGAGAGUGAAAAUAAUGAUAUGCUGCUAUUUGGACCCAAGGUGCUGCUAUUUCUCACUGCACUCAUCAUCCCCUCAGACUGGACACCUCUAGGGGUCAGUGGUCAAGAAACAACUACAGAACCAUUAACAGAUGCACCUAGUUUGCUAGUUGGACCCUCUGCAGGUCAAACAGCUCCAGUAACUAUAGAAACAUUCACAGAAGAUCCUAAUUUGGUAAAUGAACCCUCUACAGAUGAAACAGUUCUGGCUGAUAUCGUGCCUUCCACAGAUGACCUGGUCUCACCCAGUGAUAAAAACACCUCAGAGUGCCGGGAUGAAAAAUUUGCUUGCACAAGACUCUACUCUGUGCAUCGGCCAAUCAAGCAGUGCGUUCAUCAGUCAUGCUUUACCAGUGUACGACGCAUGUACAUCAUCAAUAAUGAGAUUUGCUCCCGUCUUGUCUGUAAAGAACAUGAAGCUAUGAAAGAUGAGCUUUGCCGCCAGAUGGCUGGUCUGCCCCCAAGGCGACUUCGGCGUUCCAACUACUUCCGACUCCCUCCAUGUGAAAAUGUAAAUUUGCAGAGACCCAAUGGUGUGUGAUCAUCAAGGAAAAGGAAAAAAGAAAAAAGAAAUGUAUGGGUGGGAUGAAGAGAAUGCUCUAGGAAGAGGGAACUCCUUGUCUAACAUUGGCAGCAAACCCAUACAUUAGUAUUUCUUAGACCAAACCCUUCUCAAUGUUUAAUUUUUGCUUUACUCCCUGAUGUUUCACCCAGACUGAAACAUUGACCUUAUUUUUGGUACUUACAAAACAAGGUCUAUAUUAUCGCAUAGUUUUACUGCUUCCCAAUAUCAUAGACAUAGUAGAUAAAAUGACCAGGCAGUUUAAAUGUAACUUCAAGGGAAAGUAAACUUAAGGUUAAUAAUAUGUAUUAUUGAAGUUGUCUGAGAGAGUUCUUAGGGUGGAAGAAAUUAUCAUGGUCUAUUUGGGCUAGCAUAGAACUUCAUUUACUUUCCUUACAAGAGUUUCCUAUAUUAACUACCCUUUUGUUUAUAAAGUAGUCCUCUUUACUCUUAUUUUAAUUAUUUUGCUGACUAUCAUAACAUUUACUUGGUAGGUUCUCUUUAUUAAAAAGAUCAUGACAAUUUUUGUAAUCCUAGAAAAUUCUCCAGAGCCAAUAUUUAUACAAUUCUACUAACAAUAUAUAAAGACCCCAAAUGUUGCCUUCUGCUAAGCUCAGAGGCUAAGGCUAAAGAGGAGUAUGCCAGGUAUAGAACUUGGACCCAUAAUUCCCUAUUCAACUGUUGAUAUGGUUGUCUAGUCUGCAAAUAGGGCUUGAAAGUAAAUCUCAUUUUCUUACUCAUUUUUGGUAGAAUUGGUGUUAGUCCACCUCCACAUGUGAAUUAGAUGACUAAUGUCAAACCAUGUCACUGGUCUGAGUUUUUGUGAGUGUUGCUACUUCCGUUCUCACCUCUUAACAAAAUCUGCAGGUAUUAUUAUUCAAAUAGGUUCCAGAAUAGUCUAAUUUGGGGCCUAAGAAGGGCAUUUAGACCUGAACUUUGACAAGCAGGCACAAAGUUUAUCUAAUGGUUUAUAGAAAAAGACUAAAAGAAGCACAAUAAUAGGCAACCCACACCCUUAUCCUGAUUCUAUGUCAUAUUUCCUUACUAGGCCCUGGUUUAAUUCCCCUACUUUUAACAGAAGGUUUAAUGUACAUUAGUUUCUUUUAAUUCUAUGAUUCUCAAAAUUUAAAUGUGUUGUUAAUAUUUCUUGAAACCUAGAGAUUCAAUAUAACUCACAACAAACAUGUUUGCUUUAUAAAGGGAGGGGGGAAUAGCCUGUAUUAAAUAAAUGGACAAUAGUCCAUAGUAUAAUAGAACAAAAUUUCACUACAAGUGACAAAUUACAUAUUAUGGGCCUUCUAUCUGAAUAACUUCUGAGUAACCUUCUUAAAAAGCCAAUAGAAUUCAAGUAGGAGCUAGAGGAACCUGAGAUAACAGUUAUAUAUAAUAGAACACCACUUGUAGGGAGUGAAUUUCUGUCCUAUUUCUGAGAAAACUACCUGAGGAUUGGAUUCUUGCUGUUGAGCCAUUUAGUUUAAUGGGAUUUGCACAAUUUACUAAAGAAAAAUGUUAGAAAAGGCCCCAAAGCAUCUAAUCUCUGCUCCACAGCCUCUACAAGUAAAUGUUUUGACAUAUAGACAGACAUAUUAAAUGCUUAUUGUAGCUGCUGUAGAGAAAUCUCCUGGGCACAGAGUUUCCAAGACUCGUGUCAAAAUGUCUUCAUGAACUUGACCCUCCUACAGCAUACUGAACGAGAGGUAGCAUUUCCCACCAGAAAGCACCUCAAUCCCAGUCGGUGUAUAUUGCAAAUUAAACAUUUUAAAACAAUUGUUCC